AUAAUCAAAGAUGGCUGGUCGCGUUUAGUUUGAACAGAUAUUUUGAUUCAAAAUCAAUUUAUAGGUAAUACAAAAAGCUUUCUAUAAUUUAUGUUUAAUGUAUAAUUGUUGGGCUAAUGUAUUUUUUUCUUAUGACCAAUAGACAAAGUCAAAGAAGGCAUAUUACCUUAAUAUGGACGACGUUUUAGAAGUUGAAGAGUAUAGCUGCAAUAGGCUUCCGAGAUCUGCAAUAAAGCCCACUUUAAAUAAGAGACAAAAAGUUAUCAAGGAGGUUUUUGACACGGAAGAAACCUACUUGUUUCAUUUAAAAUUGAUUGUUAAGAACUUUCAAUCUCCUUUGAAAAAGUUGAAACUAGUUCCAGAAUAUGUUAUUUCUGAAAUUUUUCAGAACAUUGAUCAAAUUAUUUCAUUAAAUAAAGAAUUAAUGGAACUCUUAAGUCAACAUAGUAUGGGAGAGGCUUUUUUGAGAGUCAGCCAAUUUUUUAAGUUUUAUUCGCUCUAUGCUAAUAAUCACGAAUACGCUCUUGCCACUCUUCUCAACUGGGAACAAAAAUGUCCAGAUUUGUCUGCGUUUAGAAGAACGCAGGAAGGAUUGCCUGAAAUGAAUGGUCUUAAAUUAAACGCUCUUUUAAUAACACCAGUCCAAAGAGUGCCUAGGUAUAAGCUGUUGUUAACAGAGUUACUUAAGCAAACUGAAAAUGAUAAUCCUGAUUACGAAAAUAUAAAAAAGGCUGUUGCAGAAAUGAGUAAAGUAGCAGACCAUAUAAACAAUCAUAUAAAGCAGCAAGAUAAUGCUCAAAAAAUGAUUGCUAUACAAAAAAGUUUGUGUGGAACAUCUGUCCCUCAAUUGGUUCAACCUGGACGAAUUUUUUUGAAAGAGGGUGAUUUGAAAAAAGUAUCACGCAAAGGUGGUAAAGCACAUGACAGAAAAUGUAGUUGUAUAUUGCCUCUGAGGCAUUGUAAAGUGGAGAGAUUACUCGGUCAUAGUCAGUCUCAAGCUACGCUAUUCGCGAUUUCCUGUCAAGAUGAAAGAUUAUUACUGUACUCUGAUCAUAAAACAGUUGAGUCUUGGAUCAAAGCUCUACAUGAAACGAUUAAUUCAUUGGAAGAGAGUAGGAUGACCCUAAGAAAGCCAAGCAGUACGAGGACCCCUCUGAGAGGACUAGCAUUGAUGAAACAAAUUAAAUUGGAGCAGCGUCAAAGUCCGACUAUUUCACCUACAAAAGAAACAAUUUUCUCUACAUUAAAUUUCACAGAGAACCAAACCCUUGAUUGUUUUCUUAUGCCCUUUCGAAAACGAUCGAAAAGAUUAUGA